UGCACUAGUCUGAUAUGGUCUGAUGAGGAAUGGGAUUUCUUUGUACCAUUUCAUGAAUAAUCAGUAUAACUACUUGCUCCUUCAGUUCUUGAUAACUUAUUUAAAUCUGUUGUGAAAUCUGUGUAGUAACAGUACAGACCAGGAAGUUCAGAAAUGAAGAGAUGCAGGUCAAAAUUGUUCAACACAGUGCAUGAAUGAAACAUAGUGGAAAUAUUUCACAAUGGUAUCUAUGAAGUUCAUGUACUAGUAACAGUACAGGCCAUGGUGUUCAGAUUUUAAGAGAUGCAGGUCUACAUUGUUCAGCACAGUGUAUGAGGGAAACAGAGUGGAUGGCAAGGAUAGAAAACAUGUCACAAUUUUACAAUGAUCAAGUUGCCUGUGAUGACUGUUCUUGCCAGCUGAAGCAGAAUUCAGUUCUCUAUUAUUGAUGAAAACUGCGAGGUAUCAGUGCAAACAUGAAGAGAUGCAGGUCUAAAUUAUUCAACACAGUGUAUGAGGGAAAUAUAGCAGAUGGCAAGAGUAGAUAAACAUUUCACAAUUUUACAAUGAUCAAGUUGCUUGAGAUGACUGUUCUUGUUGUGGCUCUAGUACCAGCUGAAGAGGAAUUUUGUUUUAUAUUUGAAAACUGCAAAGUAUCAGUGCAAACCAUGAAGUUCAGAUAUGAAGAGAUGCGGGUCUAAAUUAUUAAACAUAGCAGAUGGCAAGAAUAGAAAACAUUUCACAAUUUUACAAUGAUCAAGUUGCUUGAGAUGACUGUUCUUGUUGUGGCUCUAGUAUCAGCUGAAGAAACUCAGAAUUCUAGCUCCAAUGUAAAUUGUGUACAUGACCUGUUUUAUUACUAAAAACCAAGCAUUGUAAUUCUGUGAUAAACAACAGUUUGACGAGCAGACCAGUGACAGACCAUUAUGACGUCCAGUAACGACUCCAACGUCCGCUAGGCCGCCAUGUUGAAACACACUAACCAUGAUGACAUUUUACAUAGCCAUUGGUUUCAUGCUCAUGUGUUCACCGGGUGGAUUAUGAUUUUUUACAAUGAUCAAGUUGCUUGAGAUGACUGUUCUUGUUGUGGCUCUAGUACCAGCUGAAGAGGAAUUUUGUUUUAUAUUUGAAAACUGCGAAGUAUCAGUGCAAACCAUGAAGUUCAGAUAUGAAGAGAUGCGGUUCUAAAUUAUUCAACACAGUGUAUGAGGGAAACAUAGCAGAUGGCAAGAGUAGAUAACAUUUCACAAUUUUACAAUGAUCAAGUUGCUUGAGAUGACUGUUCUUGUUGUGGCUCUAGUACCAGCUGAAGAGGACUUUUGUUUUAUAUUUGAAAUCUGUGACGUCAUGAGUACAGACCAUGAAGUUCAGAAAUGAAGAGAUACAGGACUUCCUUUGUAGUGAAAUCUGUGACGUCAGAGUACAGAACAUGAAGUUCAGAAAUGAAGAGAUACAGGACUAAAUUGUUUAACAGGGUGUAUGAGUGAAACCUUGUGGAUGGCAAGCAUAGAAAACAUUUUACAAAGAAAUAUAUGAGGAGGGGCUUGCUGUUGUAUGCCGUCACCAAACCAAGAAGUUCAGACUGUUUUUCACAUACUUGUGUUCCUCAUGUAUGGCCUUGCAGGGAUUACCAUAUGAAAAGGUGCAAGCAGGCAUGGCAUCUCUACCAGUUGUUGCAUCGGCCGUACACGAGCGUCUGCAGGUAGCUGCUAUUGAUUUCGGUACAACAUACUCGGGAUAUGCGGUGUCAUUUCGUGCCGAAUUUCUUGAAAAUCCAUUGAAAAUUUUCACUUACAACUGGACAACUGGGUCUACUGGUGCAGUAUCUCUCAAAACAUCGUCAUGUAUAUUGUUUGAUCCGAAUCAGAAAUUCCAUAGCUUUGGAUUUGAAGCAGAAGAUAAGUAUGCUAAGCUUGCAGCAGACGAAGAACAUUUCGACUGGUAUUAUUUCAAGCGAUUUAAGAUGCUUCUUUACGAAAAUAAGAGGUUAACGAGGACCAUCAAACUGAAAGAUGACAAAGGCCUUGAAAUGCCGGCAAUGAAAGUUGUCACGGAAUGUAUACGUUACUUGAAAGAUCAUCUCAUAAAGACAUGCGAAGAUAAGAAAACAGGGCUUAACACGAGUGAGAUGCACUGGGUCCUCACUGUACCAGCGAUAUGGGACGACUCCGCCAAACAGUUUAUGAGGGAAGCUGCUAUAGAGGCUGGUAUCGAAACUCAAAAUUUAUCAUUGGCUUUGGAGCCCGAGGCUGCAUCGUUGUUCUGUAGAUACCUGCCUAUAGAGAGAGUCCAAGGUGCUGAUGGUGUAGGGAGAAUAGCUAGUCUGGCACCUGGAAAGAGAUACCUUGUACUCGACGCUGGAGGAGGAACCGUCGACAUAACUGUACAUGAGACACAGACAGACAGCGCAGUGAGAGAGAUAUACAAAGCGAAUGGAGGUCCAUGGGGAGGGACAAAGAUAGAUGAAGCUUUUCUGGAUUUUCUUACUGACAUAGCUGGACUCGAUACAAUUGAAAUAUUCGAAAGAGACUUCAAGGAAGAUUUUUUAGACCUGUUCAGAGAGUUUGAAAUAAAAAAGAAGACAUUUGGACCUGAGCUUGAAGGUAACCAAAAGAUAACUUUCAAGAUACCAUUAUGCGUGCAUGAGACAUACAACGAGCGGCACGGAGAAGACUUUAGACGUAGCCUUUUGAUGAAGCAAGAUUUGAAAGAUCAAAUAACAUUCACGGGGGAUAAACUUCGUGUUCAGUCAGACCAAGUGAAGAAAUUAUUCGACAAAACAUGUCAAAGAAUUGUCUCCCACCUCCGAGAUAUUUUCGCCGAGCCUGCUGUGAGAAACACCGAUACUAUUUUAAUGGUUGGUGGAUUUUCGGAGUCUAAAAUGCUUCAGAACGCUAUCAAACAUAAUUUUCCGGACAAGAAAGUGAUUAUACCAGAAGAAGCCGGUCUAGCAGUGCUGAAAGGAGCGGUGAUAUUUGGUCACAAUCCAAAUAUGAUAGUAUCAAGAGUUGCCCGAAAAACGUAUGGUGUAAAGGUGUACAGAACGUUCAACCCAGACAUACAUCCGGCCGAACGGAAAGUAAUUAUAGAUGGUGUAGAGAAAUGUCGAGGAUGCUUUUGCAAACACGUGGAAGUAGGACAGGAAAUUCCAGCUGGAAUGGCUUUUGAUGAGAAAUCAUACCAUCCCAGAUCAAGGUCUAGCACAUCCAUGGCAAGUAAGAUAUAUACAUCUAGCAAGCGGAACCCAGUGUUUGUUGAAGACCGUGGAUGCAAGUUUCUCGGGCAACUUCCAAUGGAUGUAUCUCAUAUAAAGCACUACAGAGAUCGUAUAGCACUUGUAAGAAUGAUAUAUGGAAACACAGAGUUAGGCGUUGAGGUUCGAAAUGCUUACACUGGGGAAAAAUUGAGCGCUAAAUUUGAUUUUCUUGAAUAAAAUAAUUAUAAGAUCUCAACAGAAAUGUAAAGAUGAGAGAAGAAAAGCUCUGAGCUUUAUGAUGGUACUGAACUUAUGGCACUUACAUUUCAGUAUACCUUUCCACAACUCGAACAGUUGCCAUUAGAAAACUUCGAAGAACAAAACCGCCUUAAUCAUUGAGAGUACACAUUCUACAAUUUCAAAAUUACCAGUAAAUGUUGCUUCAGAGAUUGUCAAAAACGACAGGAACAAACAGUUAAAAGCUCUCUUGCGUGUAUUCUUCUAUACCACAGUUGGACUAUGGAGCUGCGAUUAGUGUGCUUUACAGUUCCAGGUUAUACCCAAACUUGUGUCACAGUCUGGAUGAAAAAUACAUUGCAUCAAAUUAAUAUUAAAAGAAUAAAAUCAAGAAUAUGUAAUUCUCAGUAUUUGAUAGCAAUGAGUACGUUUCUGAAGAAAACUCUUUUGCAGUGGCUGAAAUGUGUACAAUAAAAAGGUACCAUGAAACGUUAAAAAAUACACUUCAUGGUAGUGGGAUAUAAUCGUUGAUUUUCACGCAAAUGUAUAUAGUCAUCAAAAACACAGUGACUGGGAAACCCAUGAGACAUGAGCCAUAGUCACAUAAAAAUAAAAAAUGUCACAUAAGUUUUAAGCGCUGAUGAGCCCUGUGUCACAUGGCUAAAUUGUAUUGAAUGCAAAAGGAUGAAACUAUUCAAUAGUGCAAAUCUAAAGUAAAAUGUAAAGGAAUGUAACCAGAUUUAAAGUGCUUCCAGUGUUUAAAAACAUGUGUUAACAUCGCAUUUUAUUCUAGACUUUGAUUUUUAUGUCAGUUAAGUAAACAAGCAGUAUGUGCUCUUAGUGUAAUACCUAGACUAAAACUUGAGUGGAUGUCUACUGCUACAUGUAAAGUUCUCUGUGUUUUUAAAUGAUUGUUCAUAGAAGUACCAGUACAAUUAGUCUGCUUCUUCUUCCAAAGUAUUAAUUGUUGACAAAUUUUACUUUUGUCACAUACAGGUACACUGCUGUAAAAUUCUUUUAAGAAUGUUAUCCAGGGUAUGAUAGAGCCUGCCUUGUUCUGAAGGCUUACAGUUAUUAUCAGUGGUAUAAAUGAGUACUGUUCAGUUUUACCAGGAAAAUAGAGUAAACUAACUCUGAAUUACCCAGUAUCAAAUGUAAACUGCUUUGAACUUUAUUGACAUUAAAGCUGUGAAGCUCUUACAAUUUUAGUUAUUAUACUUGUAUUUAAUUAAGAGCUUCUUUAAUCUAAAAUAUAUACAUACUACAGUGCCAAUUCCUAGUACACAAGUCGCAACUGUCCCAUAGAAAUUUCUGAAUGUCACAUAAAAUUUUGAAAUGUCACAUAAUUUAUUGUGUAUGGCGAGCCACUGUCCCAUGGACAAAAGUUCUUUCCCAGUCACUGAAAACAAAUUAUAAACGGAUAACGUACUGGUAUUGAAGUUUUGUAUAAGACUUUGUAUAUAUAAUAGAAUUAUAAGAGAACUGGUAUAACAGGCGAAGCUUUCCAAUUUAGAUGUAGAAAAUCUUAACGUUUAAAUAUAAAGUGACUGUUUAAAGGACAACUCAUAUAUUCCUGCUUAUCUGUACACUUUUAGUUAAAUAUUUACUACUUAUAACUGUCAUACCUGCUUUGUCAGCAUCGUUCGUUCAGUCAUUUUGACACACUGUGUUGUGAAGCUGUAACGUUUUAGCAGUAGAUCUACAGGUAUAUAAAAACAUUGUUAUGUAUUUAUGACAAAGUUUUUAAAAGUCCGUAUAUUCUUCCGUAAGAACGGUUGUACCCAGUAUAUUAUUAUAUCUUUUUAUGAUUUUUUAUGUAAAUGUGCAUAGACGAGACUAAAAAAAUGAAAAUAUAUACAGAAAAACAGUA